AUGGCAGGGGUGAGGUCAGCACUCAACAGGGGUGCCCGUCCCGAGGUCACCGUCCUCUCUAAUGCUGGGGUGUCAUUGAGUCUGCUGACUUGGGCUGCCAUCAAGGGCCACGACCACCUGCUAACUCACUUGCUGCAGGCUGGGUUAAGCAUAGAAGGUGGAGGCACCACUGACAGCACACCGCUGAUGAUGGCUGCCUAUUGUGGCCACACCCAUACAGUGAAGGCGCUGCUGGACCUCCGUGCUAACCCUCUGGCCAUGGAUAGUAGAGGUGAGGCUGUGCUGGUGGUGGUGGUGGUGGUAGUGGUUGAGGUGGUGGCAUACACCCCGGUGCACGCCGCCUGUUAUCGUGGCCACGUGGAGGUACUGGAGCAGCUGGCAGGUGCUGGCUGGCCCCUCACCGCCAGGGACAUUCGUGGCAACACACCCAUGCACUAUGCUGCGGCCGGGGGUAGCGUGACAUGUCUGCAAUGGCUGGUGCAGCGAGGAGGUGACACGAGCACGCAAAAUAAUGCUGGACUCACCCCGCUUGACCAGGUAGGCAGUGGGGAGGGGCAGGAGGGUGGACGUAUGCAAUCUCUCUUACGAUGUGGUUCAAAGUUUAACCGGUAG